GGAGGAGUCGCAUCCAUCUCAGAAAGAAACAGACGUCGAUUGAGCAGCCGUGAUCCCUCGUCGUUUCUCUUCUCCUUCAUCUUCUCGAAUCUUCCACGUCCCACAUCCCAAAAUGCGUGAGAUUGUGCACCUUCAAGCCGGCCAGUGCGGAAACCAGAUCGGCGCCAAGUUCUGGGAGGUGAUUAGUGACGAACACGGCAUUGAUCCCACCGGAACGUACCAUGGCGACAGUGACCUGCAGCUGGACAGGAUCAGCGUGUAUUACAACGAAGCCAGUGGUGGGAAGUAUGUUCCCCGUGCCAUCCUGGUGGAUCUGGAGCCAGGAACAAUGGAUUCCGUCAGGUCUGGACCCUUUGGUCAGAUUUUUAGACCUGACAACUUUGUGUUUGGUCAGAGCGGAGCCGGCAACAACUGGGCCAAGGGCCAUUACACGGAGGGAGCCGAGUUGGUAGACUCGGUCCUGGAUGUGGUUAGGAAGGAGGCGGAGAGCUGCGAUUGCCUGCAGGGCUUCCAGCUCACGCACUCCCUGGGCGGCGGCACUGGUUCUGGCAUGGGCACACUCCUCAUUAGCAAAAUCCGCGAGGAGUACCCGGACCGCAUUAUGAACACCUUUAGCGUGGUGCCCUCGCCCAAAGUGUCCGACACGGUGGUGGAGCCGUACAACGCCACCCUGUCGGUGCAUCAGCUGGUAGAAAACACGGACGAAACGUACUGCAUUGACAACGAGGCGCUCUACGACAUCUGUUUCCGCACGCUGAAGUUGACCACGCCCACUUAUGGAGAUCUCAACCAUUUGGUGUCGGCCACCAUGAGCGGAGUCACGACCUGCCUGCGGUUCCCCGGUCAGCUCAACGCUGACCUGCGCAAGCUAGCCGUCAACAUGGUGCCGUUCCCCCGCUUGCACUUCUUUAUGCCAGGCUUCGCCCCUCUCACCAGUAGGGGGAGCCAACAGUACCGCGCCCUCUCCGUCCCUGAGCUCACCCAGCAAAUGUUCGACGCCAAGAACAUGAUGGCGGCGUGCGACCCGCGCCACGGCCGCUAUUUAACCGUCGCCGCCGUCUUCCGCGGCCGCAUGUCGAUGAAAGAAGUGGACGAGCAGAUGCUGAAUGUGCAAAACAAGAACAGCAGCUACUUUGUGGAGUGGAUCCCUAACAACGUGAAGACGGCCGUGUGCGACAUCCCGCCACGCGGCCUGAAGAUGGCCGCCACCUUUAUCGGCAAUAGCACGGCUAUCCAGGAGCUCUUUAAGCGCAUAUCAGAGCAGUUCACCGCCAUGUUCCGCCGUAAGGCUUUCCUGCAUUGGUACACGGGCGAGGGCAUGGACGAGAUGGAGUUCACCGAGGCCGAGAGUAACAUGAACGACCUCGUGUCCGAGUACCAGCAGUACCAGGACGCCACCGCCGAAGAGGGGGAGUUUGAAGAGGAGGGCGAGGAAGAGGGCGCCUAAAAAACUCCCCAACUCCUCAACCAACCUAUCUAACAUUCACUAACCAUUUCACUUCAACAUUCCAUCUUAGUUCCACCUCGCGCUGGUGUUUUAUUAGACGUUAGCUGUUUUCGGAAACACUCAGUAAUGUUUACAUACUUGCAGCUCAGUUAAAAUACAGUAAUUAUUUGGGUUCGGAAUUAUUCACUGAUUGGGUCGUACAUGCUCCGCUA